GAGCGCGGCCAUGGCGUACGGCGGCCUGGCCGUGCCCAUCAUCGUCAUGAGCGUGUUCUGGGGGGUGGUCGGCGGCGUCCUGCCCUGGCUCGUCCCCAAGGGCCCGAACCGCGGGAGAUAAUGGCUUCUUAAUCUCUCUUCCUCUCUCUGACACUCCCUCUACUCCACAGAGUUAUCAACACCAUGCUGGUCACCUGUGCUGUGUGCUGCUACCUGUUUUGGCUGAUUGCAAUUCUGGCUCAGCUCAACCCUCUCUUUGGGCCGCAGUUAAGCAAUGAAACAAUCUGGUACCUUAGAUAUCACUGGCCUUGAGGAUGUGUGUGCUGUGCUGCACUUCAUUGGCAGGUGAAGAACAGAUGAAAAACUCCACUGACCCAAAGGUGCCCUUUCUGUAGCUGGUUGGAUAUGAAGCCUGCACUAAUGCCUUAAUCUUUCUCAUGUUCUUCAAGUGGCUUCUUCUAAAUCCUGGUGUUUUUUCCUACUAUUCCAUUUAACAGAGUACCUAAUGCAAUUUAUACUCUUCUUUGGUACUGUCAAUUUUUGAUGUUAACUCCAGAUGUGAUGAAAAUUUCUGUUUUUACGGGUCAUGCAAUUACAUUUCCUGUUCAUUUUAUCUGUAAUAACUCUUUAUAUUUGCAGGUCUUAGUUUGUCUGUCAUUGUGCUUUCAACCCUGUUCUGUUUGCACUGGACAAAAAUGUGUGCAAUAAACUGCGUAGGGAGAGGAGAAAGAUUGGUACCACGUGCUGAUGGCAAUUUUUUUUUUUUCCAAAUGAAUUGUAUUCUUGAGAAAUCUGGCCUUAAAUUUCUCAUGCCUGGAAAUAAAACUAAUCCUCUGCU